CUUAUAAAUAUAUACAAAAUAAGCAACAAUGUGUCACUUAGAGAUUUGACAAGAAAAUGGGAGAAGUGAAGCUGAUUGCCACCACUCAAAGCCUUUUCUGUGCCAGAAUUCAGUGGGCAUUGAAGCUCAAAGGUGUGGAAUAUGAAUUUAUAGAAGAAGAUCUAAGAAACAAGAGCCCUUUGCUUCUCGAAUCUAACCCUGUUUAUAAGAAAGUCCCUGUUCUUCUUCAUAAUGGCAAAUCAUUCCCCGAGUCCCUCAUAAUCCUUGAGUACAUUGAUGAGGUUUGGAAACACAACCCUUUGCUCCCUCAAGACCCAUCUGAAAGAGCCUUAGCUCGUUUUUGGGCUAAGUUUUCUGAUGAAAAGGUUAUAUUUGGAGCAUUUGGAGCUUGUAGAACUGAAGGAGAACAACAGGAAAAGGCAAAAGAGGCCGCUUUGGAAUCACUAGCAUUUCUUGAGAAGCAGCUUGAAGGGAAAAAGUUUUUUGGCGGAGAGGAACUAGGGUAUUUGGAUUUAGUAGUGGGUUGGAUACCUCUCUGGCUUGGUGUUAUGGAAGAAAUAGGAGGCAUUAAGUUGCUUGAAGAGGAGAGAUUUCCAUUGCUCCACGAAUGGUCUCAAAAUUUUCACCAAAUUCCGCUCAUCAAAGAAUGCCUUCCACCAAGAGACAAUCUACUCAGCUACUUCCAAGCUAGUAUCAGCUAUCACCGCUCCCUGGCCGCAAAAAAACCAUGAAUUCAUGUCAAUUUUGAUGCCAUUGUGAAAAACUAGAGGAACGGAAAGGAAAUCAUUUAUAAAUCCAUGUUGCUUUUAGCAACCAUAUAAAGUCUACUUUGUUCUGUUUGCAUCGUAGAGAUUGCUAAUCUCCCACUCUUCCUUUUUCCUUUUUUCCUAUCUGGGAUUGUACCAAGUGAGUCCUACUUUAUGUAAUUUGUGAAAUAAUAUAAUGGAUGAGUUUUCUAAGCAAA